UCCGUGAUCCGUCCCACCGCCGUGUCGACGACGACGCCCGCGCAGUACGGCGGCGCGCGGCACCGGGCGUGCCGCAUGUACUGGUGCUACCAGUGCGGCCGCGCGCUCCGCAUCAUCUCCUACCCGGCCACCGACGUCUUCUGCCCGCGCUGCUUCGGCUGCUUCCUCCACGAGAUCGACCCGCCGCCGCGCCCCGCGCUCCCGCCACCGCACUUCCUCCCGCACCCGUUCCACCCGCAGAACCAGUACGACGGCCACCCGCGCCGCUUGGUAAUAUACGGUGGGGGGCCGACCACCGCACCCGCGCCGGCGCGGGCUCCUGCACCGGUGCCGCCUCGUCGACGCAUCCCCUCCCCGCCGCCGCCGCCGAUGGCGCGGCGGCCGUCCACGCCCCCGGCCAUCGACCCGGGGGACUACUUCACGGGGCGCAACCUUAACGGCCUCAUCGAGGAGCUCACCCAGAACGACCGGCCGGGGCUGGCGCCGGCGCCGUCCUCGGCCAUCGACUCGCUCCCAACGGUGCGGAUUUCCGGUGCCCACCUCUCGGACGGAUCGCAGUGCCCCGUGUGCAAGGAGGACUUCGAGCUCGGGGAGGCCGCGGGCCAGCUGCCGUGCAAGCACGUGUACCACUCCGACUGCAUCGUUCCGUGGCUCCGCCUCCACAACUCCUGCCCGGUCUGCCGGUACCAGCUGCCCGGCGCCGCGUCCAACGGCAGCAGCCACGCCGCACCUCGCGGCAGCGGCAGGAACAGGGAGCGGGAGAGAGAGCCCCCGACGACGACCCGGUGGGGGUCGUUCUCGCGCGGGCUGGACGACCCCGACGACGCGUGGGAGCACGGGCGGCGCGGGAGGCAUGAGGCGGCCGACGCCGACGGUGAUGACAUGACGGCACUCCAGUCUUUUGUUCUUGUGGCAACCUGUGUUUUCCUCUUCUCGUUCUUCGUCUGAGGAAAGCUCAAAACAUGUAUGCAUCAACGAUGUACAACGACAAAAUGGAGGAGCACGCAAAGUUAUUCGAUCGCGUGGAUUUCACUUGCUGUCUAACUAACUUGGUGCUGGUUUCGAGUUGUUUCUCAUCUUGCAUUUGCUUUCAGCAUUCUACGCUUGGUGGCGCUCUCUGUUCCUUAUCUAAGCUCUUCUCAUGGAGAUGUCAUCAAGCUAAGGGAAGAGUGCCUCC